AUGGCCGUUGAGACCCAGGACGCCAUCUUCUCCAUGACCCCCCCGCCCAGCGAAUUCGACGAAUUCGACAAAAGCGCCUUGCUGACUUGCUCACCUUCCCUCCCCGGCCUCUGCUACCCUUCGCCGGCUCCUUCGAGUCGAGGGCAUAAUCCGUCCGUGUCAUCAGAGUCUAUAUACAUGCUUCCAGGCAUGUCAAUGUCCGACUCCCAAGGUCACGAUCUACAUCAGAUAUCUUUCGACGACACCUCGUCAGACUCUACCACCUCUUUCUUUCCUGUACCGCCUGUCGCCGACUUCAAUACCUCUUCUACAUCUGCUGCUGCUACUUCCUCGUCGUCACUCACACCCAACUCCUACACCAUGUAUGAACAGAACCAGUGGUUUCCGUACUCCAACUAUCCCCAGCCCACCCCGCUGCUGCCUUACGACCCGACCUCGUCGACACACUUCCCUACCUUCAGUCACCAUCACCACCACCCCCCUUCUGCACAUGUAAUUCCUCCUACACCUCAGGACAUCCAACCUUCGUCACAUUUCGACUUCAACCAAGUUCCCAGCUCACGGGGCAUCCCGUCGACUCACCACCUGGCGGCCUCACCCGUCUUCUCACAAGUCUCCCACCCGAGUUCUCAAAGUCAUCGGGGCAGCGUCUCAUCCAUGUCACGGUCGUGUAGCCCUAUUUCGUCGCUGAGCAGAGGAGGCCACCACUCCGACUCACUUCGCCCAGCCCUCCGCUCCAACUCCACCUCGUCCAACACCUCUCUUCACGCCUAUGGCAUCCCGGUUACCGAACCACCAACGUCGGUCAUGGUGACAUCCCUGCACCCUUCGUCGCCAUCCGGACUCAGUGGUGGCGUCGCUCAAUCGUGGCGCUGUGCUUACCCCGGCUGCACGUCGCGUGCCACCUUCACUCGCGGCUGCGAUCUCCGGAAACACUACAACCGACACAGUAAGCAUCUCUUCUGCCGGGUCGAUGGCUGCCCUCAGAGCGAGGCUGCCGCCGCGGCGCGCGCCAAGUCAGCCGACCAGCCGCUCACCGGCGGCUUUUCCAGCAAGAAGGACCGCGCCCGCCACGAGGCCAAGCACAACCCGGGCAUCAAGUGCGAAUGGCGCGGACCCGAAGGUGAGGAGUGCGGUCGGGUUUUCUCUCGCAUGGACAACAUGAAGGACCACGUCCGACGGAUUCACAAUAAAGGUCAACAACAACAACAGCACACUGGCAGCCCAAAGAUCAAGUCGGAAAUGAGAGGGCAUUGA